AUGGCGCAUGAAACGAGCUUUAUAGUGGAGUAUAGUGACAGCGAAGACGAUUUAUACAAUGAUAUGUUUGAUAGUGAUUGUGAAGGAAUGUCAUCAGCAGAAGAACUUGAUUUGGAAUUACGAUUGUUUGACGAUAAUUCAAGGCAAGUUUUGAAGGGGUUCUAUAUAUAUAAACUAUAUUCUAUUUUGAUCUCAAUUCUCAAUCAUCAAUGCAGUUAUAUUAAAAUUAAAACGUCAUGUAUAAAGUUGAGUAGUUGACAACUGAAAUGAACGAACAAGGUAUAAAACAACAAUUUGCAUGGUCAAUGUUUCUGAAAAAAUUAGGAAAUCAAUAGGCAAUUCCAGCUUUUUUAAACUUACGCGUGCAGGGGGUGAUGGGAAGUAUGGUAUCAUGUUGCUGAUGACGCUGAAAAAAUUCAAUAAAAACUGCCGAAACAACCGAAAUAUUUCAAUAUUUACAAGUAUAAGCUGUCACUCUAUGUUUAUACGGGCACUAUUUUUAUUUUUUCAGCAUAAUCAGCAACAUGAUGCCUUACUUCCCAUCACCCCCUGCACGCAUAAACUAAAAGCUGGAAUUGCCUAUUGGAGAUUUAUCACCAAAAUCUGCAACACCUAGGGAUACCGGAACUGGGGGGGGGGGCAGGAGGGGCAGUCGCCCCGGUUGCCCUUUACCAGGAGGGGCAAGGGGGGCAAAGGUGCCCUUUCAAUUUAAAGGAUUGCCUUGGCGAAAUAGCGAAUUGUCAGAAUUUGUCAGUGCAAUUAGAGAAUUGUAGCAAAUUGUCAGUGCAAUUAUUUUACGAAUUUGCUUCAGAAAACGCAAGAAAUGUAGUCAUCAAGCUUCAAGAAUAGCACAAUUGCCUGGCGGAGAACCCUCUCACACCCCUAUCAUCCAAUAAAUAGAAAACAUGAUUAGGCGAAGUUCAACUCCCGAUGUUUUGCAAACAUCUCUUAGAAAAUAUCAAUUCAAUAGUGCCCUUUCAUGAAAAUCUGCCCCCCCCCCUUGCCUUCACAUCGUUCUGGCGUCCCUGGCCACACCUUUAAUGCCGGUACCUGAAUACCUGAUGCCUGGGGUCAGCACUUGUUUCCAUCUACCAAACUGACGUGGAAGAUGGAAGAGGUGUUAAAUGGCUAUGUAACUAACCCUAACUCUACUCUAACCCUAACUGCAACUCUAACCCUAACCGCAACUCUAACCCUAACCCUAACCAAAUUAAUAAAAAAAUGUAGAAACAACUUUAGAAAAUUGAUAGGGCGGUUUGCUAAUGUACCGAUCAAUUUGAAAAUUCAACAUCCCCCCGGGCACAUCCCGGGAAUUUGACUUCAAGUCUUUCCAGGGAGUAGGGAAUUUGACGUUCUAAGUCUUCCAUGUGGUGGGGCAUUUGAUAAGGGUGGGGGAAUUUGAACCGGAAGUCUUAAAAUUUUGCCCGUUUUCACAUGCUACCUGCAUGCACAGAAAAGAUUUCACAUUGGCAGCAAAUACAGUUUUCUCAGAUUGGGUCAUUUCAGAAAAGAUCCAUACCCCCCCCCUACGGAGGAAUCGAAAAUAACCCCCUCCCCCCUUCGGACAUCCUUGAAUGGUUCAUGCUCCCCCCUCUCCGGACAUCAAAGCCCAAAAUUACCCCCCUCCCCUUCGGACAUCCACUAUUUCUAAAUUUUUCUAAAGGCUACCUCGCCGUUUGAAAACGUCACCGAAAAUUAGACUACGUUCACACUACGCGCGAGCGAACUAAUGCGGGCAGACUUUACGUGUGUUCACACUACCGCCAUUACAGUUUGUUUACAAAUUGAAUUAGCACUCGUGUAAACCCAAAAUAUUUCAAAUAGACCCAAGAAAUUUAACUGAAAAGCAUUCGAGUUUACACGUUUGUGUUCACACGAAGCUAUCAAGCGCUCCGCCGUUUUCACCUCGCUCCGUUUAGAAACCGUGCUCAAAUUGUUACGGCAAAAGUGACGUGAAGUUUUCAAACGAUUUCGCUCCAGCGUAGAGUGAAUUAGCGAUGGCUUAUUGUGACUUUUCUACGGUGUUGUCAAAUAGCUCCGGCGUGGCGGAACACUUGGCGGAACACUUGGCGGCUUCUUGUGACUUGCGAACACAAACACGUGGCAGGUUUUGUCGGAUAAUUUGCAGAAAUUCACUUCGAAAUUUGUUCAAGUAAAACUCGGACUGAAAUUCGAUGUAACUUGCGACUGAUUGACAAGCGUUGCUAUGUUUACUUACGUGUUAAUGCAUUAUUUAGUGUUACUGCAUUCCUUAACCUCGCCCUUAAUAUGAAAGCCAUUUCUAUUUUCUGGACACGCACCUCGCAAGGAAGCUUUAUUGACUAUAUACUAAAACAAAUUGUUUUGAGUUCAGUUUACAUAGCAGUCUCUUAAUUCGAGCAACAGUUUAAUAACUAUUAUUUUUAACACUUGAAUAAUUCAAACUUAUAUAUACGAACGAAAACUGCAAACUUUACUUUUAUAUAAAUAACGCUUGUCAAUUUUCGACUCAUUCUCAACAUGCAGGAUACGCUGUUACAGCGAGUUAGUUUUUGGUGGCCAUACAUGCAAAAGUGGGCCGCUUAUUUUGCUUACGAGUUACGUGGACGUAUAAUUAUUGCUGUUACAUAAACGUUCCGGUGUUCAAGAGCUACAUAUAGCCGAUAAAAAUUGCGUGCUCAUUAUAAUCGCCGAUCACAUAGCUUUAUCACAGUCUCAAACCUUCAGACAAACAUAUCCACAUUCCUCUCCCCCCCUUCGGACAUCCUAACACAUUUUCCCUCUCCCCCCCCUUCGGACAUCCUAAGACAUUUUUCCUCCCUCCCCCUUCGGACAGCAAAAAUUUCCUCCGUGGGGGGGGGGGGAUGGAUCUUUUCUGGAACGACCCAUUUCGAGGGAAACAGCCUCAAUUUUGUGAAAAACUGGCUCAAAGAAACGGGCAUGGAAAAGCUAUGUGCUUCAUUUGAAGGUAUGUACUACAAAAUUGUUUAAAACUGUUAAAUUUCCAUAAGGUUUCCAAACUUUUUAAGUGAAUUUCGCUUCUUGCCAAAAAACAUUUCCGUGUAUUAUGUACUUUUUGUAUUUACUGUUUCAUAAUUUUGAUAUGAACGUGGGGCAUUUGAACGCUUAAUUUCUUGUUAUAGUGGGGCAUCUGAAGACCUUUUUUGCACGGGGGUGGAGAAUUUGAUCAGUCAAAUUUCAAACAGUUCAAAUUCCCGGGGUCGGCCCGAGGGGGGGGGGGGUGCAUGUUGAAGUUUCGAAUUGAUCGAUACAUUAACCCUGGAGGGGGGUGGGGGUGUAUGUGAUUACGGUACUUUACAGACUUACAGUUUACCGAACCCAUAUAACACAAAUAUAUGAUCGUGUGUAUUCUGAUGGAGAGUUUUCCCAUUAUUUAAUAACAUGUUUUUAUGGAGUAUGUAUUCAGUGCAUGAUUACUAAUUAGGAACAGUAAAGUGUAAAAUUUCCUGGGAAUUGUUCACAUGAGGUACUGGCUGGAUUAAUUUGAAAAGAAUUUUGGUUGCUUGUAAUUUUCAUUCAACAUGCAAAGAUCUCCUUAUCCUUGGAAUCCCAUGGAAUUAAUGGGUUCACACCACUUAUUCUCAUCACCAGCCCUCAGCUAAUUGAGCCUAAUUCUAAUAACCUACUGGGCACAUGACGUUGUUUCAACAUUGAAAUUUGGUAGAAAGAAAGUUUUGACGUCGACAACCUAAUAUCAACAUGUUGCUUUGAUGUCGUUUUACAAACGUUGGUUCAACUGCAGCUACUGUAAUUCAUCGUUGAUUAUACGAUUCCAACUUGUCAAGUAAUCCCAAUGUGGUUUCAAUGACAUAUGAAUUCAACGUUGAACUAUGUAUGGUUGGCAAGAUUGGCAGUGUAAUCUCAAUGUUGUUUCAACAUCAAGAGAGUAAUGUCGAUCCAAUUUGCAUUUUCAAUCCUUUUUCAACAACUGUGAGGUAAUGUCUGACGUUGAUUCAACGUUGAAUCAACGUCAUUUUGCCUACUGGGGGAACUUUGUAUGAUUGAAGUUUGCUACCUCAAAUCAAAUUGACGUUUUUUGUGGAUAUAUACAGUAUGUGGAUCAAAACUACCACUCUGUGAUGUUUUCAUGAAUUUCUACAGUGACUAAAUGAUUAUUUUAAAAGUGCAUGGGUUUAUAUAAAAACAUCAAUUUGGCAUUGACAUUUUGUGGAUAUCGGGAUACCGCCAAUUCUGUGCCCUGAUAUAUGCAUAUCAAUUAAUAACAGCAUAACCUGUACAAUAUGCAGUUUACAGACUUCUUCAAUUAUAACAAAGCAUAGAAUUCAGUAUAAAUGGAGGUACAACCCCCCCCCCCACACACACUUUUCUUCAGAACCAAUUUUGUAAUUAUUUCAAAGCUGAGCAGACACUGGGAGGUGUAACCUCUUAAUGUUGUCAGUUGUGACAUAAAAUAUACCAAAUCUAUGGCUUGCAGAUUCUCUUAAAAUGUGUCUAAAAUGCAUGAAAUAGAAAAAAAAUAAGGAGGACCAUCACUCAUCCCCUGGCUGGCUAGACGAUUACAGCCCAAUGCACUUGGAGUUUGGACUUUGCCCCUGUUGGUGUACUGUACAUCAUCAAACCUUUACAUUGUUAACCUAAAAUAUACACAGUAACAAUGCUUGGCUGCCAACUGUCAUCCUUGUCUGAACGAGGGUAACUGUAUUUCCAGCUUAGUGUUAAUGUGGAAGCAUUGGUUUUAUUACCAUGAAAGGCAGAAAGAUCUGCAGAAACAAAAGUGUGACAAUGUACAUACAGUAUUAGCCACCCUAAAUAAUCUGCAAGGUGUAUACCAUAUUAUAAUUUUACACCAUUGGGUUCAGAGGUUUUCUGGUGCCAGACGAGUUUCAACUCAUGGCCGCUGAACGCGAGCAUGAGUGCAGGCUACAACGUCAGCAAAACAGGAAACCCCCAGAUCCAGAGUACAAAUAUAUAUCACAGGGAAAAAUUAAAAUACUAUUAAAUACUACAUAUUAUAGGGGUUGAAAUGAGUGGGCUUCAGAUUGCCAGUUGCGACCAAAUUGUUCAUCUGGCGACCAUAUAUUUCCCAAAGGUAGUCCUUGUGGCGACUAUUAAAUUUGGCAGCCGCCAGCAAUUAUUUUGAAAGCCCUAGACAACGUCAAGCCCUCUUUAACCCUGUUAUUUAGUAAUAGAAUGUGAUAUAUUUAAUAUUGUUUCUUUUUUUAUCCAGAAAUUUGGACUCGCCUUACAGUGAAGACAUAACUGUUGGUCCCAGUGAAGAAGCUGAAACUUAUCAUAAAGGUGGCGAUCAUGAUGGCAAUCAGCGGGAGUUAAGUAGUAGUAGGAGUAGUGGUAAAGGGGCGGGAAAGAGAAGGAUGGUACCUCAGGGGAAUGGUGGGGUUGGUAGAAAAAAAAGUAGAUUGGGUAGGGUAGGUGUUGGCAGGGUAGGUGUUGGCAGGGUAACCAUGGUUACCAAAGGUUAUGAUAACGUAGAUAUUCCUCAUGAACUCCCACCAUUUACACCAAGCCGCCCAACUGGUAUUCAUGUUGAAAAUCACUUGGAGGAUGGUAUGACAACAGAAUUAGACUUCUUUAAUCUCUUUUUUACCAAAGAUAUGAUAGAUUCUAUUGUCACUCACACCAAUGCAUGUGCAUAUAUUAAACUGGCUGAGGGAGGUUAUUUGUCAUAUGCCAACGGUCAGGGUGCUUGGGAUGAAACCAAUGCUGAGGAAAUACGUUGUUUUAUUGCACUACUUAUUUACUUUGGUUUGGUUAAACUAGAUGUUGUAGAAAAGUAUUGGAGCACCAAAAGUCUAUAUCAUGGGCUUUGGGCAAGAAAGAUUCUCUCCCGUCAAAGGUUUAAAGCUCUUAUGACAUUUUUGCACAUUGCGGACCCUGCUAGCGAGAAUCCUGAAGAUACAGUGUGUAAUAUUGAAUCUUUUGUGAAAUUGUUCAAGAACCAAUGCAAAUCGUUGUAUCAACCAACACAAAAUAUGACAGUGGAAGAACGUAUGGUGGGUUCCGGGGAUAAGCCUGGUAUUUAUAGGCGAUACAGAAGAGCUGAUACCACAACUAGAUCUGGCAUAAAACUCUGGGUAUUAGGGGAUACUUCGAAUGGUUUCAUAGUUGAUUUUAACAUUUACAUAGGUAAAUCUGCAUAUGGUGAGGUGAGUGAGAAUGGUUUAGGAUAUGAUCUAGUUAUGAAGUUAGCAACACCAUAUCUCAAUCAGGGAUAUCAUUUGUAUCUUCAAAAAUGUUUUACUUCCUUUAAAUUGGUAAGUGAUCUAUUCUCAAAUGGUACACCAUCAACAGGUGUGGUAAGUGUUGGCAAGGUUGGAUUCCCUACCUCUUUGAGCGAUGUGAAAGAGUGGGCGAGGACUGUGGAAUUUGGUGACAUGAGAUGGGAGCGUCUAUCAAAUAUUUUGACGUUGCAGUGGCUGGACCAUCAACCUAUCUCAAUACUCACUACUAUUGAUAGUGCAAAUGAGGUGGCACUUCUACACAGGAAAGUUAAGAGAGAUAACAAGUUAGAAAAAAUUGAUGUGAAUGUGCCCAAAGUUAUUCAAAAAUAUAAUCAGUGUAUUAAUAAAGUUCAUAGAUAUGAUCACACUGUUAUGUCUAAUAACGUGUUACAGAAGUGUUAUAAGUGGUGGAAAACUUUGUUGUUCCAUUUAAUUGAUAUGUCAGUUAUUAACAGUUUUAUUCUUUUCCAGGAACAGCGAAGAAAUAAUCCUGAUAAUAAUGGUCUGGAACGUGGGGAGAAGUAUUAUAGCAUAGUUGAGUUUAGAGAGGCGCUAGUGAGGCAAAUUUGUGGUUUAGCAGAUUAUGAUGUGCCUCCAUCCUAUGUGAGUGUAAAAGCUGUUCACGAGUAUGAAACUAUCCAUAUUCCGAAG